AUUUUGAUGGGAAAAACAUGUCAUUUUGUCAAUUAUUUUGUAGUUGAAGUGCAUAUCUUUGUGUGUGUUUAGUAGUAUUUGGACUUUUUUUCGACAGCCACUGUGCAUUUUACGAUUAGGAUUGCGGCAGAGCAUUUUCAUUAUGGAAAAGGGAAACGACAAUGAUCAAAAUGGUGAUGGAGAGGAACAAAAUAUUGGCAUGUAUCGAACAUAUUACCGGUUUAAGAACGAUGAAGUGUUCCGUCAACAAAUGAUUCAUACUUUAAUACUUGGCUGGUCAUUUAUAGGCUCGGGUUGGCAUGUAGGUAUGUCUGGGCCUGUAUUUCCUGACUUGAGACAGAUUAUACAAGAGGGCCUUGCAAUAUCAUCAUGGAUAUUUACAAUUGAACAAUGUGGAUAUCUCUGCGGUUCAUUGAUUGGUGGGAUUUUGUAUGAUAAAUUGAAUAAAGUGCUGUUGCUUGCCGGGUCUUCGUUUGGCUUUGGUGUUUCCAUAUUACUUACACCGUAUUGUUCAUCACUAGCUGCCAUGUUGUUCAUAAAAUGUGCUGGAGGAUUUUUCUUCGGUAGUCUUGAUACUGGUUGUUAUGCUGAUAUUAUCAGUGUUUGGGGAGAACAUGCGGGUCCCUAUCUGCAAGCCUUACAUUUCGCGUUUGCUAUUGGAACGUUACUGUCCCCACUUGCAACAGAGCCAUUUCUAGCAGUGUCAUUUACAACAUGUGAGUCAAACAACAUGACAAGCGAUAAUGUCACCGACCAAUCUGUACACGAAACCACAAACGCCGCGAUUUCUAAUGUAUCUACAACAGCCACAUUGGUAAACAAAAUUGCUACCUUAGACAAUUCUACAAUAGUACCGACUUGUAACUGUGAAACUUUAGAGGAAACAAAUGUGCGUGAUGCCUUCUUAAUAUCCUCAUUUUUCUUGUUUUCGGCGACGGUUUGUUACAUAUAUAUUUAUAUCAAAAUUCGAAGAAACAAAAGGAAAAUGACAAUAUCUGAGACUAAAGUAAAAAGCAAAGACGACAUGUGUCAUAAAAGGAAUGAAAUGUCGAUUCAUCUUAAGAUAAUUGUCCUUUCUAUACUAUCGUUGUUAGUAUCAUUAUCCUGUGCUGCAGAAGAUAGUUUUUCAGGUUUCCUUGCGACAUUUUAACUUGAUUAUCUUGACUGGGAUACAUCAACGGGCUCCUAUGCUACAGCCGUGUUCAGGUCCACCUUCUGCGCUGGAAAUUUCUGUGGGAUCUUCAUCGUGUCGUGCUGUGAAAAGUCUACAUUACUGACAAUAUACCU